GGAAGUUUGUUUGCAUGCAAAUUCGGCGCGAGUUGGGCCGAAAAAUACUAGUAUCUUGAAAAGUAUUUUGACAACUCCUCGACAUUGCAAGGUUGUACUGUAUUGUCAGAAUGUUUCGCGUUAUCUUGCUGAGUAUUGCGCUGCUGUCGGUUGCCGAGUCUGGUAAAGCUCCUGUUUAUCAAUUAGACUCAAAGACAUUGAUUGCUGAUGAAUACAUUGUGGUAUUUCAAAGCAACACUUCAGUUGAAGCAGUUGUAAAGCACUUUAAGAAUGUCAAUAGCCUCAUCUCAAACCAGAACACGUCUUUUAAAAUACUACGAGAAUUCAAGAUGAGUCAUUUUAUGGGUUAUUCAUUUCAAGGUUCUCUAAGUACUGUGAAGAGAUUGCAAGAAAUGCCGGAAAUAGAAUUCAUUGAAGCUAACCAGAUAAUGAGAGCGUCACAAAACUGUAUUGAUCAACGAAAUGCUGAAUGGGGUCUUGUUCGUACUACGGAGCGUGCCUUACGACUGGAUGGAAUUUACUCAUAUGCACGUGAUGCUACUGGUGAUGGUGUCGAUGCCUAUGUAAUUGACACUGGAAUCUAUUUGGAACAUACCGACUUUCAAGGAAGAGCAACAUGGGGCAUUGACACCAUUGAUGUGCCAUCUCCUGAGACAGACGAAAAUGGACAUGGAACACACGUAGCAGGCACCAUUGGUGGCGCCAUGUAUGGAAUUGCUAAAGAUGUAAAUCUGAUUGCUGUGAAAGUGUUAAACAGAGAUGGAGCUGGAUCAACAGAUGCCAUCAUUGACGGUGUAAGAUGGGUAGAAGACAAUCACUUGACAAAAAAGACUAAAAGCACAAAUGCUAAGGGGUCAGUAGCAAACAUGUCAUUAGGAGGAGGGUUUUCUGUUGCCAUGAAUCGUGCAGUAGAAAGUGCUAUUAGCAGUGGCAUUACAUUCAUUGCUGCGGCUGGCAAUGAUUACGGAACUGAUGCAUGUCUGGUUUCACCCGCCAGUGUGGACAAAGUGAUUACUGUUGGGUGUACAACAAACACUGACCAGUUCUGUGUUUUCUCCAAUGCCGGAACAUGUGUGAAUAUACUGGCACCGGGUGAGGGUAUCACAUCCUGUGGUAUUGAUGGACCCUUUGCUGAUAUCACUUUAUCUGGAACGUCCAUGUCCAGCCCUCAUGUGGCUGGUGUGGCUGCCAAGUACAUCAGCUCGUUGAAGUCAACACCUACUCCAGCUGAAGUGAAAAAGUGGUUGGAUAUGAAUGCUACCAAGGACAAGAUUACAGAAAUACCUGCUGAUACUCCAAACAAACUCUUAUUCAUGGAUUGUUCCUAAGUCAAGCUCUAUCACGUCCUGUUGUCUAUUAAUCUACUCAAGUCCAAAUUCAUAUGUGGCACAGUUGUUGUCUAUUAAUCUACUCAAGUUAAAAUUUCAAUGUAACACAAUCAUUGUUCUACUCAAGUCAAAAUUCACAUGACCAGCACAUUUUUUUAAUACAUUUUUGUUGUUUUAUGUGUUUAUGAUUAAUUUUUUUCAUACAAUUAUUUCCAGUGUAGCUGGGCUAAAGGAAUGUUGGUUUGUUUUACUUUAC